CAUCUAUCUGCACAGUACGCGCCCAGUUGCCAGCGCUUAGAAAAGAGUGCUCAGCAACAAGUUGCUUUUUGUGCGGAGUUAACCCACUAAGUUCGCGACGCAGGAGGUCCAGAACUAUUUGACUGGAACAAAAUCGAAGAUUUGGUCCGUCUGUCUUCAAGUGGUCUUUUUGCGUGCCGACGUUUCGUAGCUUAGUUAUCUUAGCUUAGCUUAUCUUGCGACCACAGAACAACGUGGUUCGACGCUUGAAAUCAAGUUGGAGCCUCCUAAUUUGUGCGAAAUGCGCGCAAGAAAGACGCCAGCCGCAAAGUUCGAGGCUGAACUUUGUGGCGCAAAAGAUCAGCGACAUCAUCAACUCUCGACUGCUUGCAAAAUGCAAGUAAAAGUUGUUCUUCGUAGACUACCAGCUCUCAGAAAACAUCUAGGUGCUGAGGGGCAGGAACAAGAAUCUCCUGGCGUUAAAGACUAUGCUGCGCUCUCCCAAAUCACAGAGGAGGAGCCAGGGCCCUGUCAACAGAAGGAGGGAAAAGAGCAACAAGCUAAAGAGGCAGAAGGUAUCACCAGGUCGACUGGUGAGCCCUUGAAGAGUGAAGAUUGCCUGGGUGAGGCCAGCAGAGGGGCAGAGCGUCCAAGCGGCAGCAGCAGCAGCAGCUCAACAGAAGGUUUGCAAGAAGACAUUUUCAACGGUCCAUCAGACAAAUAUGGCGCCACACGCACCUUCCAAUAUUGACGGUCAUAAGAAGUCUCACACUGACGACAAACUCUGGAAAUGCUCUCAAUGUGGGAAAACCUUUAUUACUAAGUAUACUUGUCUUAGGCAUAUGAUGAUCCACACUGGUGAAAAACCUUUUUCCUGCUCAGUUUGUGAUCAAAGAUUCAAUGAGAAGAGCACCUUACAAUCACACGAAAGAACCCACACGGGAGGAAAAACCUUUCUCCUGCUUAGUUUGUGGUCAGAAAUACGCUCAAAAGCAACACUUGAAGGUACACACAAGAACCCACACCGGGGAAAAACCUUUUUCCUGCUCAGUUUGUGGUCAAAGAUUCAGUCUCAAGAAUGGCUUACAAAUACACGAAAGAACACACACGGGAGAAAAACCUUUUUCCUGCCCGGUUUGUGGUCGAAGAUUCGCUCAAAAGCAUCACUUGAAAAGACACACAGGAACCCACGCGGGAGAAAAACCUUUUUCCUGCUCAGUUUGUGGAAAAGGAUUCAGUCUAAAGCAAGACUUGAAAACACACACAAAAACCCACACUGAUGAAAAACCUUUUUCCUGCUCAGUUUGUGGUCAAGGAUUCUCUCAAAAGCAAAACGUAAAAAUUCACGAAAGAACCCACACGGGAGAAAAACCGUUUUCCUGCUCAGUUUGCGGUCAAAGAUUUGCUCAAACGACCUACUUAAAAAUGCACACAAGAACCCAUACCGGAGAAAAACCUUUUUCCUGCUCAGUUUGUGGUCAAAGAUUCGCUCUAAAGCAAUACUUGAAAAUACACACAAGAGCACACACUGGAGAAAAACCUUUUUCCUGCUCCGUUUGUGGUCGGAGAUUCAGUAUGAAGAACACCUUACAAAUGCACGAAAGAAUCCACACCGGUGAAAAACCUUUUUCCUGCUCUGUUUGUGGUCAAAGAUACGCUAAUAAGCAACACUUGAACAUACACACAAGAACCCACAUCGGAGAAAAAACGUUUUCCUGCUCAGUUUGUGGCCAAAGAUUCAGUGCUAAGAGCUACUUAAAAAUACACACAAGAACCCACACCGGAGAAAAACCUUUUUCUUGCUCAGUUUGUGGCCAGACAUUCGGUAUGAAGAGCACCUUACAAAUACACGGAAGAAUCCACACCGGGGAAAAACCUUUUUCCUGCUCAGUUUGUGGUCAAAGAUUCAGUCUCAAGAAUGGCUUACAAAUACACGAAAGAACACACACGGGAGAAAAACCUUUUUCCUGCCCGGUUUGUGGUCGAAGAUUCGCUCAAAAGCAUCACUUGAAAAGACACACAGGAACCCACGCGGGAGAAAAACCUUUUUCCUGCUCAGUUUGUGGAAAAGGAUUCAGUCUAAAGCAAGACUUGAAAACACACACAAAAACCCACACUGAUGAAAAACCUUUUUCCUGCUCAGUUUGUGGUCAAGGAUUCUCUCAAAAGCAAAACGUAAAAAUUCACGAAAGAACCCACACGGGAGAAAAACCGUUUUCCUGCUCAGUUUGCGGUCAAAGAUUUGCUCAAACGACCUACUUAAAAAUGCACACAAGAACCCAUACCGGAGAAAAACCUUUUUCCUGCUCAGUUUGUGGUCAAAGAUUCGCUCUAAAGCAAUACUUGAAAAUACACACAAGAGCACACACUGGAGAAAAACCUUUUUCCUGCUCCGUUUGUGGUCGGAGAUUCAGUAUGAAGAACACCUUACAAAUGCACGAAAGAAUCCACACCGGUGAAAAACCUUUUUCCUGCUCUGUUUGUGGUCAAAGAUACGCUAAUAAGCAACACUUGAACAUACACACAAGAACCCACAUCGGAGAAAAAACGUUUUCCUGCUCAGUUUGUGGCCAAAGAUUCAGUGCUAAGAGCUACUUAAAAAUACACACAAGAACCCACACCGGAGAAAAACCUUUUUCUUGCUCAGUUUGUGGCCAGACAUUCGGUAUGAAGAGCACCUUACAAAUACACGGAAGAAUCCACACCGGAGAAAAACCGUUUUCCUGUUCAGUUUGUGGUCAAAGAUUCAGUCAACGGUGUGCCUUAAAAGUGCACAUAAGAACCCACACUGGUGAAAAACCUUUUUCCUGCACAGUUUGUGGUCGAGGAUUUACUCGGAAGGAUCGGAUGAAGAGCCAUGUGUGUGUUGGUGAGAGAAGCAGUGACCAAUGACUAUUUUGCCUGUCAUCCAUGCUGGCUUAGUCAGAUUUGGCAUGCAGGACGAUUGCAUUCUGUAGAGCUUCCUCAAAUCCUGUUGGGGAUUAGUAUUUUUGGUGCAUUAUAUGUGCUUUCUCCAAUCCUUGUGUGAUGCUCAUCAACACAAUAUUACCGUACAUUAUUUAAAGACCAAAUGUGAAGUAAGGUUGGCCCUAACCCUUGACAACGUAAAUGCUUUUCUUCGACAAUCUUCGGAAAUGAUGUCACACAGAGAACUGCGGGGGAAGUCCGCCAUAGAACAGUAUUGUUGCAUUGCUUCUUGGUAAGAUGCCACGACGGUGUGUGGCGAUGCAUUGUUUUCAACUUAAAAGUUGUAUGAGUGGCCAAAGGACAGCAGGGCAUGAAGCUAAUUCGUGGCAAUCCCCAAUCAUACUUCUAUCGAGUUCAUUUUGCCUACACUUAUAAAUUCGUCAAAGCUUUUCUUUUAUCCCAGGCACUAGUAGGUGGUUUAUUUACCUGACAUAUUUCAGCGAACACUUCCGCCUUCGCCAGAGGGUCCAAAGGUGGAAGUGUUCGCCGAAACACGUCGGGUAAAUAAAAGCUAAUGUCGCUAGCUUCUAAUGUUCAUUUCACAACAUGAUCGGGGAUUUGUCAAAACUUUUCUUUUAUCCCAGGCAAUAGUAGGUGGUUUAGUUAACUGGCAUUCUCCAAAUAAUAAAAACAACAGCCUAUAGACCCUACCCACCGACGUCACAAAAUCACGUGCUCGCUGUGUGGUUCCGCCCCCUUGUCCGUCAUUUUGUGUCUGUAUUAUCAAUGGUCUCAAUUGAUCGAGCAAUUUAUAAUGCAUUUCAUGGAAGCCCCGGUGCUUUCAGAUGCCGUAAACUCACUUGAUGCGUUGCAUAAAAGGCGUUAUGUGGAAAAGCUUCAGUUUAUCCAUUCGCCAGAUCCAUAUUUGAUGCCUAAAUCGAUGUUUUUCGACCCGCUGUCUCCGCCGUAUUUGCCUGACAUCUGCUAGCUACCCUGAUAUGUACAACUAUCUUGUCCACACAAAAUCAGCCUAUUCUCACGAAAGUUUGAAAAACUUUAAGAGCUUGGAGGCUUAUAAAUUCUUCGUUGCUGGUUGGGUGAAACAGGUCCUCGUCCACGAAAAUUCGGCAGGAAUCUAUCUUGUGCUUGGAAAGGUGAGUUACGAAAUUUUCAAUUCAAAAUCUUUUGUUAUUGCUAACAUCCACUGUCAAGUCUAAUGUAUUUCAUGUCGUUUGUCAAUGGAGUUAGGGCUUUCAAUGUUUAUAUGGUUUAGCGAUAGCACUCUCACUACAUACAUACGUGUAUGUUGUCGGCAGUUAGCCUAGCAAUCAUCUUAAUUGUGGUUGUCAGCCCAAAACCCUCUAAAUAUAUAUUAAAUGCAUCUUACCAGAUAUAAAAUGACUACUACAUAAUCUGUGGUAAUCGUUUGGAGCCCAGUUUUCUCGUCGAAUUGCAGCAGCCCAUCUCGCUCUCUUCUCUCCGGGUCUCUCGGAAUCCGGAAGAACUUCAAGUCUCUCCGUCUUCUCCGUCUAUCUUCUCUGUUAUUGCAACCGACCGCCACACACGCCUUCACCAUUUUGAUUAUUAAUGUUAACGAGCAGAAAAACACGUAAAUAGGAGGAAUGUACGUAGCCGUAACAGGUAAACAUGAUGUGUUGACGGACAA